AUGGCAACCAAGACUAUGGGAAGCGACAAGAAGCGGAAGGCCUCUUCCUCCAAAGGGAAGCCCGAAAAGGCCACCAAGAAACCUCGAGUCGAAGAGGCCGACGUCUCAAUGGAUGCUGAGGAUGGCCACGAGGACAGCUUCGAGGAAUUCUCAGACGAGGAGGAGGGUGGCGUCGCAAUUGAUUCCAAGGAUGGAAAGAAGGGACCCAAGGGCGCAUCCAAUGGCAAGAACUUCGAACGAGAGGCAGGUCAAACUUCUCGCGAGUCGCAUGCUAAGCAAAAGCAAUUGGCACUAGAGCGCAAGGCCGCCAAGCCGCUUGCUGAUGAAGUCCACCGAACCAAGAAGAUCUGGGAGAAGUUGCGGAUCAAGUCGAGUGUUCCCAAGGAUGAGCGCCAGAAGCUAGUUGAGGAACUGUUCAGCAUCAUUACCGGCCGAAUGCGAGACUUUGUCCUGAAGCAUGAUGCUGUCAGAGCUGUUCAAACCGCAAUUAAAUAUUCGAAUGUCGCGCAAAAGAAGCUUAUCGCCAAGGAGCUUCAAGGUGCCUAUGCCCAGUUAGCCGAGAGCCGAUACGCGAAGUUCUUGAUCGGCAAACUGCUCGUGCAGAAUGAUGAGGAGAUUCGAGAUAUGAUCAUCCCUGAGUUUUACGGCAAAGUCAGGAAACUCAUCAAUCACCCGGAGGCAUCUUGGAUCCUCGACGACAUAUACAGAACUGUUGCCACCAAGCAGCACAAGGCCAUCCUCCUCCGGGAGUGGUAUGGACCUGAAUUCGCACUGCGAGAACUGACUCAGGGGAAGGAUGAGGAUGCUACAGCUGAUCUGAAAUCGAUCCUGAGCAAGGAGCCAAGCAAACGAGGCCCAAUCAUGAAGGGUCUGUUUGAUAUGAUCAACUCCUUGGUACAAAAGAAGAUGACGGGUUUCACAAUGCUUCAUGAUGCCAUGUUGCAGUACUUCCUCAACACGGAACCAGGUACUACAGAGUUCACAGAGUUGGCCGAGCUUGUCAAGGGUGAUGAAACGGGAGAUUUGCUAAAGAACCUUGCCUUCACUCGGUCUGGCGCCAGACUUGUAUGUCUACUACUGGCACACGGUACCGCCAAAGACCGCAAGCAGCUUCUGAAGGCUUACAAAGACACCUUCCUGAUGAUGUCUGGUGACUUGUUCGCACACGUUGUGAUCCUCACUGCUUACGAUGUUAUCGACGAUACGAAAUUGACGUCCAAGUCCAUCUUCCCAGAAAUCCUCGGCGAGGGCGAGGAGGUUGCUCAAAAUAUAAUCGCGGCGGCCAACAACCCCUAUGGCAGAACAACGAUUUUAUAUCUGUUGGAAGGUCUCUCCAAGUCACUGUUUCCUUCUGGCCAUUCCUUUGACCUAGACGUUCUCAAGGAAGUGCAUGAGAUUCGCAAGACGACGAGUAAAAAGGAUGAGGACGUUCGCCGCAAAGAGCUUGUGGCGUCUAUCUCCCCCCAUCUAAUCAGUGUGGUUGAGGCGGCCCCUGCCGACCUCGUCGCUACCAGCUUCGGCUGCCAGCUCAUUGCAGACGUGCUGCUCAACUGCACAGGUGACAAGCAGCAGGCGCUUGAGGCACUUGCCCAGUGUGCUGGUGGCGACCCCAGCAAAGCACCAGAGGAGGUUGAGGACGUUGCAUCAUCGACAGUUCAUGUUUCUCAGAGCGCUUUUGGCGCCCGCAUGCUCAAGUCGUUGAUCCAAGGCGGACGGUACGACAAGGCGGCAGGAAAAGUCAUCCCUGUAGACCCUCCCCUAGAGUUCUCGAACGUCUUAUAUCCUGUUAUUAAGGACCACAUUGUCGAUUGGGCGACGGGCUCUGGAUCGUUUGUUGUCGUUGGUCUCAUCGAGUCGAACGAUUUCAAAGACAAGGAUGCCUUGAAGAAGGUGCUCAAGAAGAACAAGAAGCUAUUAGAAAAGGCAUCCACCGAGGCGACCGCGGAGCAAAAGGCGUCAAAGGAAGCCGAUGAAAAGGAGCAGAAGGGAAACAAGAAGGGAAAGAAGAGGACAGAAAAGCCGGUUGGCAAUAUGGGUAGCAAAAUUCUCCUGGAGGCGUUAUAG